AUGCAACUGCUAUAGGACGAAAGGUACCACUCCAGGAGCUACCUCCGGCAAGGAAAGAUCACAGUCUGAAAAGAGUAAAACCAACAACAAGCAACUCACCGAUCGGAUACUUAGUGUUUUUGUGGUCGAGAAAUUGUGCAAGUGGAUAAAAAGGACUUUGUGAAAUUUGUGUCAGUGGCAAAAUCUUGAGUGAAUUAGCAACAAAUGGCUACAUUAGUUCGCAGCAUGGCUUUGGGACAGAACAUGUACAUCCCGAACGGGGCAGCGAUCGGUCAGCAGCCGGCCGUGAAUGCUUACCGCAAACGACCGAUCGUGCCGGCACCGGUGAAUACAGGAAGUGCAGUGUUGCAGCCGCCAGCAUUCAAAGACCGCCCGAUCAUCUCCAAAAAAUAUUGCGCUCUACCGUAUGCUGUAACCCCGCAGCAAACGGUUUCGAUCCAACGGCGUAAUGCACGGGAACGAAACCGUGUCAAACAGGUCAACAAUGGAUUCGCGAACCUCCGUCAGCAUCUACCAUCGACGGUUGUGGCGGCCCUCACCAAUGGAGGCCGUGGACCCCACAAAAAACUUAGUAAAGUGGACACUCUUCGUGUCGCGGUAAAAUACAUCCGCAGCCUGCAGCGUGUUCUCGAUGAUGACAUCGAAAAUAGUGCGGAUUCCUCGAAAACCACCCUAUCCCAGGCGCUUUCACCCGUUUCCUAUUACGGUUCGAUGUCCGAGGCAUCCAGUGCGUCUUCACCAGCUCCGUCACAGCUGUCGGAGUACUCCAGCUACAGCAGUCAACCGGAGAUUGCCACUUUCAAACGAGAACCCUUCGAUGGAUAUGGGACCACGAACGUGACACCGCUCCCCAGCAUGACCAGCUUCGGUACCAGUGGGAUCACAAGUACUGCCACCUACAGCCAACCGAUUCAUCACGUGUUCAAAACUCAUCCCUCUGUUCCUGUCGAGUAUCAGCACGAGGAGCUCAGCCCCCAGAAUACCGACGACGAGGAGCUGCUGGACGCGAUUUCCUGGUGGCAGCAGCAGCAGUGAAUCUGUUACAUAAUCCUGGAAAUAAGACUGAUAAUUGCAACCGGAGUUUCAUGCAUCGGAAGUGCUAGCAGUGGAAUGAGAUCCACAGAUCGAGCCGGAGAAAGCCGCUUACGCUCGGGCACGGGUUUCUGGACCCGGCCGUAGAGAAAUGCUCAUUCAGAUGAUCUCUCCAAAAAUAAACAAAACGUAAACAAGUGGCCAAGACUGUUGUCGACUUGAACAAAAGGGAUUUUUUUCGCGGAUUGUACAAAUUAGUGCACUAGGUGUAAAACGAAUAGGUUAAGUUGAUAGCUGGUAAGAAAUCGUACAAAAUCUAGUCAGUGGAAUAAACAUAUGUAAAAAUCUUCAAA